GUCUGUACUCAAACUUGCUGCUGACAUCAUUAAACCCAGAGACCCAGAGUUCAGAAGUAGGCACCCAAGAUUGAUGCAGCAUAGGUUUGAUCCCUUCUUCAAGGAUUGUAUUGGAGCAAUAGAUGGCACUCACAUACCUGUUGUGGUGUCCCAAAACCUUUUGGUCCAGUACAUGUGUCGUAAGAACAUCACAACCCAAAAUGUGAUGGCAGUAUGUGACUUUGACAUGAUGUUUACCUUUGUUCUUGCUGGAUGGCCUGGUUCAGUACAUGAUAUGAGGGUUUUUGAUGAUGCAAUGAAUAAGUACAGCAAUGCAUUUCCCCAUCCCCCUCCAGGCAAGUACUAUCUGGUGGACUCGGGGUACCCAAACCGACCGGGUUACCUGGCUCCGUACAAGGGGAGCAAGUACCAUCUCCAAGAGUUUCAAAACGCCAACGAACCACAAGGCGGAGUGGGUUAAGGGAUAAAGACUUUAGGCGUUGUGAUCGUGAUGAGAACUAUGUGCCUGAUGAAGCAUAUGAAGAUCAGCCUGAAUGCGAGCCUGCCCCAAGUUAUUUGGAAUGUCCAAACAUGAAUGCCUUUCGUGAUUCAGUUGCGCUCGAUAUGUUGAAUCGAGGAUGACCUGUGUUUAUG